AUGAAGGUUCUAGUGUUGAUCGCCUUAAGUGGCCUGCUCUUGGCCCCUGGCCAGGCCAGGAUCGUGCCUCAGGAGGAGGACAGUCUCUGGGAGGUACCAGAAGUGCCCGUUGAGAUUCACGCAAUCGAAUCCAGAGAAGCUGGAUGUUCUAUCAAGAUCCGCAGUUCGGAGCUGAAAGAUCCCCAGCCCCUGCUGAUCAAGCCGGGAACCUCGGACUUUGCCGAGUUCUCCGACACUGGUUACGUGGACGUGGCCAAGGACAAGACCAUUGAGUUCCAUUGCACCAGCAGCCUCGCCUCGCCCCUAUCCGGAAAAUCCGCCACUGCCAAGUGUGUGGGAGGCACCACCUUCAAGAUUGGUGAUAAGGAACACGACCUGUCGGCUAUCAAGUGCUCAUCCUGGCCAGCGUUUGUGGGCAAGAAAUCCGGAUCCAGUUGCAAUGGCGGCACUACCCUCAUUCAUGUGGGUUUUGAGCUGGAUGGCUCCCGAUUUGCCAAACAGUACGAAGUUUGCUUCAACGAGGACGAGGAAGUGACCCGGUAUGUGCACCACUGGCUGGAGCCAGGAAACAACUACUAUGCCACCGGAGUAGAUCGCAUUACCUUCGGAGCUGGCGGUUACUUUGCCGGCAAGAAUGUAGACAAGCUCUACACCCAGGCUGUGCAAAAGGAGACCAUCGACAAGGAACUGGACAUGGACUCGGCUCGCUACUUUGACUCCGCCAAGAACGUUUUCCUGGCCCGUGGACACAUGGGUGCCAAGGCUGAUUUCGUAUUUGCUCCGGAGCAGAGAGCCACCUUCCUGUUCAUCAACGCUGCUCCCCAGUGGCAGACCUUCAACGCCGGAAACUGGGCCCGUGUCGAGGACGGAGUCCGCGCCUGGGUGGCCAAGGAGAAGAAGCAUGUCGAGUGCUGGACCGGAGUCUGGGGUGUCACCACCCUGGCUGACAAGAAGGGCGAGCAGAAGCCGCUGUAUCUGUCCCAUGAUCACAAUGGAAAUGGACUGAUUCCGGUGCCGAAACUCUACUUCCGCGUGGUCAUCGAACCCUCCACCAAGAAGGGAAUCGUCCUGAUCGGCGUCAACAACCCACAUCUGAGUCUUGAUGAGAUCAAGCGGGACUACAUCCUGUGCACGGAUGUCAGCGAAAGGAUCAACUGGAUCAGCUGGAAGAAGACGGACAUCACCGCCGGCUACUCCUAUGCCUGCGAGGUUUCCGAGUUCCGCAAGAAGGUGGAUCACCUGCCCCAGUUCUCCGUUAGUGGUCUCCUGGUUUAAGUUCCUUCAAUACCUGAUAAAUAAAACGUUUUUGAUCAACAAGUA